CUGAUCCAUCCGCUAAUUUCUUCGAAUCUGAUCGGGAGUUGAAAACUCUGCAAUUUGAAUGAAUCAUGAUCAAGAAUUUUCUCAUCACCAAGAAGGUUACGGCAGCCUCAUCAGUCAGCAUUUACCUCAAGACUGCUAACCACAGCUACUAUUUCAAACUUUCCAGUGAUCAAUUUUCUCCACAGGACUUGGUAGACUGAUAAUCGACUGUUCGAGCCGUGUAAUAAUAUCCAGUUUUCACCAUGCCUAUAUAUACGGGUCUGUCAGGAGCUCAACUUGCAAUAUACAAACACACACAAGAAUUGAUACUUGCAUAUCGUUCUAAACAUGGCCAUGGCUAAUGCUAACGUUGUCAAGGCAGCAGUGGGUUCCCUGCUACUAGCCUGCAGCAUGAUCAUCAUAGCAGUCCCCUGCGCGAAAGCAGAGAUCUCGUGCCUGCAGAUAACCAUGCAGCUGACUCCCUGCAUCCCCUAUGGCGUGCUUGGAGGGAGCGUGCCACCGGCCUGCUGCCAAGGGGUCAAGGAUUCGAUGGCGCUGGUGAAGACGACAGAGGAUCUUAGGGCGAAAUGCCAGUGCGUUAAGGAUGGUGCUGCUGGAAUCCCUGGUAUCAACUAUACCAGGGUCAAUGAACUCCCUAGCAUAUGUCACGUCACUGUGCCUUACGUCGUUAGCCCCGAAACCGACUGCUCUAAGGUUAACUUUGCCGAAGUAGGGGGGAGCCACCAUUACCAGGCAGCUGAGGAGACUGGCAGUAGGGUUAUAUAAUGGGGUGCGAUUAAUAUUAUGUAGAAGCCAAUAAUGGAGGGGGGAACAAAGAAAGUGAUUGACAAGUUCCCCUGUGGAAUGUUUAUGAACUACGCUGAGUAGUUCUUUUGUCUGGCUAAGUAGUGAUAGAAAGAAUAUGAAUGGUCUACGACUACCAUUGAAGAAUGAUGUAGCAGCAAGAUAUGUUAUGUAAGCAUUACUUUUCUAAAGUAAAAAUAAAA